CGCAGCUCUCUCGCCAGAGUCCUCGAACUCAAUUCGUCUCGUCCUCGCUGCAGCGGAUCACCGGCGUGCCCCACCAUGUCAGACGCGGCCGUGGACACCAGCUCCGAGAUCACCACCAAGGACUUGAAGGAGAAGAAGGAAGUUGUGGAGGAGGCAGAGAAUGGAAGAGACGCACCUGCUAAUGGCAAUGCUAAUGAGGAAAAUGGGGAGCAGGAGGCCGACAAUGAGGUAGAUGAAGAGAAAGAAGGUGGGGAGGAAGAGGAGGAGGAGGAAGGUGAUGGUGAGGAAGAGGAUGGAGAUGAAGAUGAGGACGCUGAGGCUCCUACGGGCAAGCGAGUAGCUGAAGACGAUGAGGAUGAUGAUGUUGGCACCAAGAAGCAGGAGACUGACGAGGAUGACAGCAAAGGAAAAGCUAAACUAUGGCCGCCGUGA